ACCUCAACUCAAGAGACACAACCUCGCUUGACCAAGAUGCUCAACGAUCUAUGCCACUACGCCCUCACCCGUGUUGCUCAAGAGCUGGAUCCCAGUAGUGCUGCCUCUCUUGCAAGAGUGUCUAAACAAAUGAGAGCGAUUUGCGUUGUGAUUCACGGUCCUGGUAUUCUGGAACUCCCCUUGCCUGCCCAAGCAGCACUCCUUCCACCGGUCACGGGAUUGUCAAACGCAAUGGCUUCAACCUCGUUCAGCUCAGCUAGCUCUUCAAGUAGCCACCACGCUGACUACGACUCCUUGGGAAGCACCGACACCGAUAUGACUUCGUCUCCUGAGGAAGAGGAGUGGGAGUUCCAGAUGACCCCGGAUUUGGAGCGACGCCUAUCUCUCAUUCCGUCUCGCAGCCAUGGAAACACGCUCCCAACUCUCCCCACCGAACUUCAACUCGAGGUGUUCAGCUACCUGGAUAAGAUUGACUCUUGCUGCCUCGGUCUAUCUGCACCAAACCUCUACCUCGUCUGUCGCGCUAUUCACGGUACAAAGAUGCCUCUCAACACGAGACGCAUUGGGCCCAAUCCCCUUGAGGCCGCUUGGGAGGUUGUCGGAAAACGAGAGUGCAAGCAGUGUGGCAUUUACCGCUGUGAGCUUCACCAGCACAUCAAGUCCUGGAUGCCCAAGGAGCUGGAGUAUUGCGCCUUCAAGCAGAACUUUGGAAUCCCGGCUGGCAACAACGCCCAUGCUACUUGCUACCGCGGAAAACCCAGCAAGCCAAAGCGCUGCGGACGUCAUCCAUUGAGAACUACUUCUGUUCACCAAGAUGAUGCUGCCUUCAAAUAUUGAGGGAGUAUGAAUCACAAGUAUGGGGCAUGAGAUUAAUUUACAUAUAUGGGGAUGAGGAAUAAUUGAUGAUUGCUGGUCUAUGACAUGGAAAUGAUGCUAAUGAAGAGAAUUCUGAUAUGUUAGCGAGGAAGUGUGGGCAUUAAACGGCGUGAAAAUAGGAGACAUGGCUCGUAAUGCAUAAAUCGGCGUUUUAGGGGUGGUUCCUCACAUGCAGGAAGGAUUCUGUUUCCGUCUACUUUUCUUUCGGUACUGGCGGAUGUGGAUUGGGGAUUAAGUCGUUCCACACUCGACGUCUGCUUCUGCCAAAAUAUUCUCGGCAUGACGAUGAGGAUA